AUGACCCACAAAUGUGAUAGUGUAUUUCGCACUUAUAGAAUCGAUCGCAGUAAAGGUCAAGUAUUUGGAGCAACGGAAAUCAAGGCAAAAUAUAGUAUUUUUUCCGGACAUUUUAAAGACUCGUUUGUUAAAUUAUCAACAACUCUAAAAGACAUGCUUAAUGACCUUAUAAAAAUAAAACCUUCCAUGUAUAAAUCACUUCAGACAGUUGGAUUUAUUCACUCUGGACUUUCGUUUACAAUGUUUAAUGUAGACAGACCGACGCCUAAUAUCACAGGAAUCAAUAGACAAGAACCAAUAAUCAUUGGUCAUUCCAUUGAACACUUUGGAGAAACAGUUCUUCCAGCUAUGGUUUCUGCUUGGAUUGCAACAGAUAUUGUCAAAAGUACAAAAGAAGUCAAUAAGGCCGAAUACUAA